AUGUACUUCUGUACUGGACCUCCUCGCACAUACGCGACGUCAGCAACACAUGAGCGAUUAGAAGAUGUGGCAAUUUCCAUGCAUCCAUCACAACUUGUGUUUGCACGUGUUACAGCUUCUGAAGUAGCAUUAUGGAGUGCAUCACCAGGCAUUGGACGCCGUCUCUUAGCGUCUUGUCAUCGCAGUGGUCAAUAUAUGGAAAAAGAAGUAAAGAAGGAGAUUAAAAUGGAUCAGGAUUUAUACGAGAGUGAGUUGCAUCAACUUUGGACUGUAUGGGUCUCAGGUCAUCGUCUAGCUGUGGUGGAAAAAGGCUCACAAUUCAUCGAGUUUUACGCAUUUGAUGGAUUAAUUGAGUUGAUAAAACGGAGUAAAACACUCAAUUGUCAAUUACCCGAAGAUAAUACGAUCAAUAAUCUUGUGUUAGAUCAACCAUCAUUCCCCGAACCUGAACAUGAAGAGAAAGAUGAUGUUACAUCUUUUGUAACAAAACUUAAACUUGUUGCACGAUUUAUACAUGAAUUUUCAUUAAAUCAAGAAGAUCAAGAAAAGAAUGACAAAGAUGUGGCGACGUCAAUGAGUGGAAUCUCUGGUAGUAAAUAUGUUUUUGUGGGUAUGGCUAGUGGUUUUAUUUCUGUCGUGGAAGUCUCUGAGUCAUUUGAUUUACAGGAUGAUUCAAGUUCGUGGUUUUCUACACUCGAAAAUGCAACUAAAUUAUGGAAAAUUGAUGUACGCACGCAUCUUGCAAUUGCAGAUGAAACUCAACCAACGAGUUGUUUUGAUCUCACAUGUGCAACAAGUGAUCCAUUGGCACAAAUUAUGUCGUUACAUAUAAUUGCAACUUUUACAAGUGGCAAAUGUUUUAUCAUAGUUAUAUCACCUAUUGAGAAAAAGAUUCAGCAACUUUUGUCAUUAGUAAAUACCGAGAAAGAAGAUAUGAGAUCAAGUAAAUGUUGUACGACAAAAUUGGAUGCUUCUGGAUACAGACUUGCUAUUGGAUGGUCAGACGGUGGUGUCUCUUUGUUUCAACUAUCGACAGAAGAACAGGACACGUCACUUCAAUUGUCACAAGUGACACUUUCCUUAUCUCCUAUUCGAGAACUUAAUUUAAAACCAUGGGGAUAUCAUUCCAAUGAUAUUGGAGCUGUCACCGCCUUAGCAUGGUCUAAUGAUGGUCAAAGUCUUGCAGUUGGUUAUGCAUUACGUGGUUUUUCGCUCUUUUCAAUUGAUGGUUGUCGAUUAAUGUCAACUUUAUCUCAACAUCAACAAGAAAGACGUCAAGAAACCAAAUUAGUAAAUCCUGAAAUUUGUGCAUUUGGAGUUUUAUCAUUGGAAUGGACACAUGAGAAUUUUUCUUUACUAGUUGUACCACGUGGAGAAGAAACGACACAAGUUAUUGUUUUACCGGAGAAAAAAAACGAAAAGAUUUCAAGACGACAAGUUACUGAGGUUAUGGAUACAAUUCAAGUUAAAUUAGAAAAAACACAAGAUGGAUUGUGUUUAUCACUAUCUGGAGCUGUUGGACGAUGUGGUGCAUGGGUACGAAGUGACAAGAGUUUUACUAAACGGACAAAAGAUGGUACAAUAGGUCCUGCUGAAGCGUGUGGUUUGAUACAUGGAGGUGAUUUACUAGUUGGAAUUAAUGACAAUUACGUCAUAACAUUACCAUUUGAAAAAAUUGUUCACGAAUUAAAAGAAUUACCAAAUUUUGAACAAGUAACUUUAACAUUUUUACGAUUAAAAUGGGAUGUCAUCUUUCCAUUAGCACUAAAUGCCUUGUCUUCGAUUGAAUUUCAACAUCUGCAUGGAAUUCAUCUGCUUGAUGAUGAAAAUCUGUGUAUUCGUGAAUAUGCACUACGUAUGCAAGCUUUACAUGGUGAUUGUGAUGUCAAUUUACGACCUUCAUUAAUGGAAUUUGAACAACGUGCGAAAUUUGACGGAUGGGAAACUAUGCGUGGUACUUCCACUCAAGUUGCUCAACACAAGUAUGUCAAGUUUUUGUUUGCACUCUUUCCAGUGUGGAAUCUCACGCAUUUUCUCAAUGUUUUAUUAGCUUUUGGUGAGUCUAGUAAUGAGACAAACGAAAACGAUAAACAUGAUCGAGAAAAAAUUCUAAAAUCUCGAAAUGUACCAUCCAUAUCGUUUGCCGAGUAUGACUUUGCAAAGAUAUUACCGCUUUCGACACAAACAUCUCGUCUUAUGUUACUUGAAAGACAAAGUAUUCGCUUAGUAGCAGCUCCAACAUUAGAUGAUCCAUGUGCUAUCACAUCAUGUGUUCAUUGGAGUGUACCACAAGCGUUUGAAAAGUGUUGUCCACUUCGUUUUGCAGCAAUGAGUGCUAGUGGAAAGCAUGUGGCUGUAGCUGGACAACGAGGAUUUUGUUUGCUCAAUGUAGUGACAGGCAAAUGGCGAAUGUUUGGAAAUGUUAAUGACGAACACGAUAUGGUAGUAUAUGCUCUACUUUGGUUGACAGAAGAUGUGAUCGUAGUACAUUUUACAAGGUGGAGUGAAGAGCAUCAAAUUGUCCAUUUUCAAGUGUAUCCAAGAGAUCAUUUGGAUGCCAAUGCUUUACUUAAUCAUCUUGAGUACCCACGUCCAAAAAGUGUUAAUUCUAAAGAACCAGAUUGUUUUUUGAUGAUGGAAAGUGACACAACCUCUCGGAAUAUUUAUUGUAUCUCACAAUAUCAAAUCUGGUGGUUUCAAGUACAAUAUUCAGGUACACUUCAGCAACAAAAUGUUCAAGUGACAAUGAAUUUAAAACGUCAAGUUCCAUUACCAUCUCGAAUUCUUAAUCAUUUCAAGUUAUCUCGAUAUGCUCCACUAUCAGAUAUUGCUAUACUUCCUCGAUAUUCACAUUUACAAGAAGAGUCAAUAGACUUGCAUAAAGAUAUGGAUGAAAAUGAAGAUGUAUCUUGGCUUGCUACUGUUGUAAAUCAACUUGUUCAUGGUCAAGUACCGGAUCAAUAUACUCCUGAACAAGUAUUACCACGCUUUGCAUUUCUUGAUAAAGAAGGUAAUGUUAUUGUCUGGGAUCCGGAAACAAGAUCACAGCGACUUGUGUGUUCAAACAUUAGUACAAUGACAAGAGUCUUUGUAAGUCCAUUAACUUGUGCUUCCUGGCCUUCACCUUGUCGAUUAGUGUAUGGACUUUACGGUCCAGAUGGCAUGAAACUUUGGCUUCCAUUACUUGAUGGUGUCUAUUGUACACGCAAUAAAGCAUUUGAUCACGAUGAGCGACGUCUAGAGACGUUUCUAGCGUGUCACGAUCCAUUGCGUGCGAAAACAUACGAGAUUGAAUUCGGUACGGCUCCAGCCACAGCAGAAUUGUAUGAACAAGUUUUACGAGAGUAUGGUAUCGUGUUGGAUCAUUUCUUAACAACUAGACGAAUGGACGUAGAUGAUGAACGUCAAAAUCUUCGCGGUUGUGUUAUGACAGUUGAUGAAUGGUCCACAAAGGAUCAAAUGUUACGUUUUGACAUUGAUGUGCAAUUAUUGGGAGCUGAUUCGACAUUUGGAUUACUUGUGGGUGUUUCUCAAGACGUUUAUUUUCCAUCAGGUGUCUUUCUUCCAUGCUAUGACGUUUUUGCACGUGUACAACCAAUUUUUCAUACAUUAUUGUGCUUUCUUGUACAAAAUGAACAACUUUCAUGGGCUCAACUUGUGCUUAAUGGUAUACGCCAUCACUUUGCAUUGUCUACUGCUACGCAAGAACUUUUCUUGCAUUCAAUACUUGAAAGUUGUUAUGUUGAACAAUGUUCGCUUGAUAAAGUUAAGACAGCAAUAACAUUAUUGCGAGAAGGAAACGAGUCGCGAGAUAUUGUAGAAUAUUGCGAAAUUAUUGCACAUGUAGCUCGAAAGAGUGAACCAUCUCGAUUACAAAUAUUGUUUCCUGCUGCUGGUGAUCCAAUGGAAUUAUUAAGACUUUGUCAACAACGCUCUGAGCUCCGCACAGCAGCGAAUUUUCUACUUAUUUUAGAAGAAUGCUCAACAGUAUCGGGCUCAUCUUUGCCUUUGCGAAUGGAAAGUGCUGCAGAAUUAUUGAAACAAUGUAUUGAUCAGGAAGAAUGGAGAUUGGCACAACAUGUUGUACGAGUUGCGCGAGAAUGGAACCAUCCACAAUUAAUUGGGACGGAAACUUGUGGCAAUACUAUUGAUGAACAAUUGGCUUCUUUGGUCUAUGACAAUCUUGUGCGUGGUGAGUACGAGCGCGUCGUAUGGUGUAUUGAAGAUUUGCAAGCAAAAUUGCCGCUUAAAACUCGAGAAGAGCGUGAAAACGAUGUAAAAGCUUUUAUUGGUGAUAGUUCUGUUAUGGUUGCUCGAUUGGUUCAAGCGUUUAUUCAAGAAAAUAAGCGGCGACAACUGCGGAUCCUCUUACAAGCUGUGACGGAAGCUCACUAUGACGAGUGGAUAGCACGAUUAAGACACGUUAUGGAGCAAUAA